AUGCUGGCUCGGGAGGUGAUCGAUCUAGAAUCUAGUCGGUCGACCGGCGCAAGAGUGCUACCCCUAAUAUCGCGAUGCAACGGCCGAAGGCGCGAACGGACGCAGCUGGCGCCACGCCUCAGCCCACCGCCACCACCACCCCACCCCUGCUCCUCUGCCAAAGAAGAGCAUUUCUUUCCUUCCCUUCGCCGGCGCGUCUCCAGGCUCCAGGCUGCAAUUGCUUUGCAGCUCCUUGUCGGCAUCGCGGUCAGAGCCGGGGCGGCUUCCUGCUCCUCCUCCCCGUCGCUUCAUCCCCCACGCGUCCCCUGCCGCCUUGGCCGCAGCCCGGGCCUGCCGCUGCCGGCUCGCCGGGUGGCCGUCGCUGCGGCAGCUAUCGCCCUCGACCCGUUUCAGGAGAUCAAAACCGAGCUGAAUGACGCCUCAAAAACUGAGGUGUUCGCAUGCCCUGUUUGCUAUGAACCGCUGAUAAGGACAGGGCCGCCAGGCAUGAACCUGCCAGCGAUUUAUAGGUCCGGAUUCAAGUGUUCAAAAUGCAACAAGUCAUUCAUCAGCAAAGAUGUCUUCUUGGAUCUCACUGUCACCUCAGGAAUGAAAGAAUACAGUGAACUCAAGCCUGCUAGAACCGAGCUGUUCAGGAGCCCGCUCGUCUCCUUUCUUUACGAGAGGGGGUGGCGUCAGAACUUGAAUCGGAGUGACUUCCCUGGCCGCGACGAAGAGUUCCAAAUGGCUCAAGACUAUUUCCAAUCAGUUGCUGGUGGUAUACUCAUUGAUGUCAGCUGCGGCAGUGGCUUGUUUUCAAGGAAGUUUGCAAGCUCUGGGGCAUACUCAUCUGUGAUUGCUUUGGACUUUUUUGAGAAUAUGCUCCUGCAAUGCUAUGACUACAUCAAAUCAGAAGAAACCCCUAUGAACACGAACCUUGCACUUGUAAGGGCUGAUAUUUCGAAGCUCCCUUUUGCUUCAAGUUCAAUUGAUGCCAUUCAUGCUGGAGCCGCUAUCCACUGUUGGCCAUCCCCUUCAAAUGCGAUAGCUGAAAUCAGCCGUGUGCUGAAGCCCGGUGGUGUAUUUGUAGCGACAACUUUCUUAUCCACCCCCACGAACAGCGGCCUGUUCUCUAUCGAUGCACUAAAGCCACUGAAACAGAUUGUCGGGCCAGUGAACAGCAGCUACAACUUCUUCACGGAAGGAGAGCUGGAAGACCUGUGCAGAUCCUGUGGCCUGGUCAGCUGAGUAUCACAUCCAGACUUUCUUUGUAUAGCCAGCCACGGUGUAUAUAUAGCUGUGUUUUUUUACGGGUAUAUGUAUAGCUUUUACGAUUAAAUCAGGUGGUGAGAAUGUAACUCAAACACACAUUAGGCAAUUGAACCAAAAUGCAUAGUCUCUGACUCUGAUGAACAAUAGUAGCAUUUCCUCAGGUCCAGGCAUUGAGCAGAAGUUUUACACCUGAACAAUUGUGUUGUUUCUGCACCAUUGUGCUGAACUAUAAACCUUUUAUGGUAUCCAUUUCUAAUUAAGCUUGAU